AUAUAUUACUUGCUUUCAACCACCUCCGAUCUCCAUCUCAAAGCCCUCAAAGACAAAGCCAACUCUUCUUACCUUGCUUACCCAAUUUGGAAUCAUCCCAAAAGAUCUGUAAAAAUGGUAGAUUUUCUUUUUCUCUAUCCUUCUCUUUAAAAAAAAAAGAAAGAAAAGAAAAGCUAGUUUGUUCACUUGCUUAUGUCGUUAUUCAAUAUCUCUGCUUUGCUUUGCAUGGUUUUCUGGCAUCUUGGUACUUUUCUUCUUCCGAUUUGAAGCUUGCCCAUAUUGUUUUUUUUUAAUGAUUUCUGUAGUGGGUCGGAGUUUUUGAGAUUGGAAUGUUUGAGUUUUGUGUUUAUAGAUUGAAUGUCUAUGUAUUCACUCGAAAUGCGUUUGUUCUACGUUGAGAUUCACGAAAUUUGAAUAGGUGGGUUUUGCUUUUUUUUGAAGUUUUAUCAUUUUGAUAUGAUAGUUUUGGGUUCUGGUAGUUAUGGGAUUGAUACUGUUUUUGGAGAGAUGCAAUGGUUUAAAUCUUGAUUCGGUAACAUGCUCACUAUGAAUGGUUUCCAAAAACCUUGGUGGUGUGGUCGAUUAAGAUGGUUACUUUCAACAGGAGUGUUUCACUCAAUAGAAAUGUGUCCUAUAAUCGGACUGUUUCAUUCAACCGAAAGGCAUUGAACGUAGGAAGCCCGAAGAUCAAUCGAGUGAAUUCGCUCUCUCGUGUAUUCAAGCUACUUGUAGUGAUAGGUUCAUUGCUUUCAUUCAUUUUAGCCUUUCUUUGUGGUUACCAUUAUGUGCUUCCAAGUCUUAGCCAUGCCUUUCAUGUGUAUGGUAGUAUUUCCACAUUUAAUGAUUCUGGAAGUACCUGCAAUGUGCUUGAUGGAAAUUGGGUCCUAGACAAUCGUUAUCCAUUGUACAAUGCUACAGAAUGUCCCUUUGUUGAACGAGGGUUCGAUUGCUUGCAUAAUGGUCGGGAAGAUGCUGAUUAUCUUAAGUGGAGUUGGAAGCCUAGGAACUGUAAUUUUCCAACAUUUAAUGUGCAAAGCUUAUUGGGAUGGCUUCGAGGUAAAAAAGUUGUUUUUGUUGGUGAUUCUAUGAGUAGAACACAAUGGGAGUCCCUUAUAUGCUUGCUCAUGACUGGUGUACAAGACAAGAAGAGUGUCUAUGAAGUCAAUGGGAAUGAGAUCACCAAACAAAUUAGAUAUUUAGGUGUUCGGUUUGGUUCAUUUAAUUUUACUAUUGAGUUCUUUCGCUCAGUUUUCCUGGUGCAAGAAGGUUCUACGCCAAAACAUGCUCCCAAAAGGGUCAGGUCCACGCUGAAGUUGGACAAAUUGGAUGAUAUAAGUAACCGCUGGAUUGAUUCAGAUAUUCUCAUCUUCAAUACAGGUCAAUGGUGGGUUCCAGGGAAACUUUUUAAAAUUGGUUGCUAUUUCCAGGUGGGAAAUUUGUUAAAGCUUGGAAUGUCAAUUCCUACUGCCUACAGAACAGCACUAGAUACAUGGGCAUCGUGGGUAGAGAAAACUAUUGAUAUAAAUCGAACACAUGUUUUCUUUCGUACUUUUGAACCGUCUCACUGGAGUAAUUUCACUCGAAGAGUUUGCAAUGUGACCCAGCACCCUGUGUUUGAAACAGAAGGCAGAGAACAUAGUAUAUUCUCUGACACUGUUUUUGAUGUUGUAAAGAACAUGACAAUUCCUGUAACCGUGUUGCAUAUUACUUCAAUGUCGGCUUUUCGAAGUGAUGCGCAUGUUGGCAAGUGGAGUGACAACCCGUCUGUUCCUGAUUGUAGCCACUGGUGCCUACCUGGUGUACCUGAUGUAUGGAAUGAAAUUCUCCUUUCUCACUUGCUUGUUGAUGAGCCUCAUGUCAGGUGAAUGGCUUAGCGUUUGGAGCAAAAAUUUAUUUAUCUAGACCUAUUAUUUUACAAGUUAGUAGUAACUGAAAACAAAACUCAUUCAUGACAACUUUUCCUGGUUGAAUAAGUUGCAACUUUGAGCCUCAGUACUUGUGGAGACGACUCAAGCUCUUAAUAAGCACAGAGAGACGCCGGCAAAUUCUAACAUGCCCUUUGUUUUCGGAAGGUAUAAAAAUUAUUUUACAUUUCUUUAUUAGGCGGGUCUGGAUUAAUUGAACGUGGAUAUGUAUGGAACAGUUUUGUAACAAGUUUCAUUUUUGUUUUGGUCAUUCUUUUAGCAAUUCUUUUGUACCUUACAAAACUAGAUUUCGGUUACUCAGAGUCAGAGGUCACAGUUUUGUCUAUUUUUUGCUCGUUAUACAGGCUUGUGAUGUGAAUAAUAAGUUUUGUUCCCAACAAACAGGGAGAAAAGAAUGUGAUUUAUUUUAUUACUUUACUA